AUGACUGAACAGCAGCCAACCACUCUGAUCCUCAAAAGAUUCAUCCAACUGCAACACACCAGACUAUCACUCCUCAACGAACUAGAACUAGCACUCAGCUCAUCAGAACCCAAGAACAACAACAACAACCAAAAAGAAGAAGAAGAAAAAGAAAAAGAAGAAGAAAAAGAUCAUCAUGCACCCAAUACUCAUUCCAGCUGCAGACAUGAGUACAAGGACAUCAAAACCAACCCAGAAGACUACAUCCAACAAGUCAUUUCCAUCUCUACUUCUGGAUUCAUCGAGAUCAGAGACGAGGUGAAACUGUUGAUGGACAUGUUACGAUCUGAUCUCGAUCGAGUCGACCUCUUCGAAUUGAUCGAGCGGAUCGAAUCACUCGAGGCUAACAAGAUGUCCGAGUAUCUGCAACAAACUCUGCUCAGGAGAAAGGCCCGACUAGAGGAACGUGAUUACACCGAGCUAAUCAACAACCAUCAAGAAAAGGUCGAUCUGUUUGCUAAAUCGAUCGCUAGUCUGACUGCUGAAGUCCAAGCCGAACUCGCUGAGCUGACUUGA